UUUCAGACAGGGGGUGGGGCCAGGAUGAGGCAGCCACCAGCAGCCACUCAACACCCCCUCAGCUCCCUUCCCUUACUCAGCUGCUGUAGCCUCCCUGGAGCCACAGGUGUUAAUUUAGGGGCCCCUGGGCCCUGACCUUAUUAGGUGCCGCUGCAGAAAUAUGAGGGCCUGGAGCCUCCUCCUCCUGGUGAGCCUCCUGGCUUUGGGGAGCCAGCUGCCCACUGUCUCGGGCAGGAGGAAGGGAGAUUCUGGAAGGCCAGGGACCAGCUCCUGCCCCCAGGGCCCAGCGGCGGCCAGAGCAGAGGGGUGGGCACGGCAGAAGGAGCAUUGCCCUGGGAGAUGAGGACUCCGAGUCCGGAGAGACAUGGCGGGUGUCCGCCGGACGAUGGGCCCUGCCUCCACUCGGCGCCUGACCAGUGCGUGGACGACAGCCAGUGUCCCUCAAAGAUGAAGUGCUGCCACAGAAGUUGCUUCCGCCAGUGCGUCCGUAGAGUCACAGUGAAGCAGGGCACCUGCCCCGACGACCACCUGCGCUGCCUCAGCCCCAUUCAGCACCUGUGCCACCAGGACGCAGACUGCAGGGGCAAGAGCCGCUGCUGCCUCGGGGCCUGCGGCCGGGACUGCCGGAACCCGGUCAGAGGCUAAUUCUGGUUUAGGAUCUGUGGCUCUGAACCUCAGAAUGGGGUUCCCUGCAGGAAGGGCUGAUGACGGGGCCUGGGACCUGCCACCCAGCAGCACUGUCUCUGCCGGUGACAGUUCCAACCUCCUGAUAAACACCGAUCCGUGGUGACUUCCCCGGCAGCCAUCCAUCGGGUUUUUCCUCCUGGGAAUCAAGGUCCAUGGCCAGACCUCAACGGACUCCUCUCCGUACCUCCACCACCACACUGAGCUCCUCGUCCUUCCUAACACCCACCUUCACAUCUCUGUGUACGAGUUUCUUCCACCUAAAAUGCCCAAUUCAGAUAGGCCUCUCUGUGUGGGGUCCCGGCCCCUCCCCAGCCCUGAGUGUAUGUUCCAGCAGUUUCCGGAACAUGUCUGUUCACGUCCCCCCUUACUCAAUGUUCGCCACGCCUGCAAAAUAGCGUCGUGACGUUGGGUGUACUGCCUGUCCUCCUGUUUAUCGAAUGCUUUUCCUUAAGUGGACUCACUUUUGUAUAUAAGUAAUUUCCAAAGAAAAACUUGAUGUGACUGCUAUAAACGGGAUAAGCAGGAUCUCUUGGCACAAGUAGAAUGUGAUUAUGAAAGCGAAUGCAAUGAAAACCGCCCUGUUCCAUUAAAAUCAUGUCCAAUUAAACAGUAUUAAAUAAUGUUAUUAAAUUCCAGCUAGAUGCUGCCACCUGCCAAGACUGUAAAGCCUGCUCUCUGUUGUAAUAAGUGAAGAUUAAAGACACACGCCUCUAACCUGAGACUCACUCCGAGUCAUUGUUGGAUAAUGUUGCACCCUGGUACACCCUAAGGUCAUUUCAAAUUGCUCCACAUUUGGGGAAAUGCUGCUUGAGCCGUUGGGAUGUCAUACUUUGGGGAGGGUCUGUCUCCACCCUUGGACAACACUUCAUUCACCUCCAUUUUCUUUUUUGUCUUUUUGUUUUGUUAAUCCUCACUUGAGGAUAUUUUUUCCCCUUGCUUUUCAGAGAGAGUUGAAGGGAGAGAGUGAGGGGGAGAAAGAGAGAGAGAAAGAGAGACAGAGAGAGAGACAGAGAGAAAGAGAGAGAGAGAAACAUUGAUGUGAAAGAGACACAUUGACUGGUUGCCUCCCACAUGCUCUCUGACGGGGGCAGGGAGCGAACCUGCAACCCAACUACAUGCCCUUGACGGAAAUCAAACCCAUGACCCUCCAGUGUGCAGACUGACACU